CGGGUCUGGUUUUCUCCAGCAGGAGAGACACGGCGGGAUCGAGAGGACGAGAGGAUCGAUGAUGUGACGAGGACGUGACUGUCCACCUGCGGGUCAUCAUGUCCAGACAGAGGAGUUCAAAGACCCUGAUCAUCGCAGACGAUGAGGAGGUGGAGGAUCAGGAGCUGAACCCGUUCUCCUUCAGAGAGUUUCUUCGCUGGAAGAACCAGGAUCCACAUCAGGAGCCGGAGCCGGAGCACCAGGAGGAGCAGACACAGGGCCAGUCCAGCAGCUCUCAGAGGGUGUUUGAUGUCAGGAACUUGACCUUGGACCCUGACGUCCAGACCUGUUUCUUCUCUGAGCCCUCCCUGGCACCACAGGAUGAGGAGGAGGAGGGGUGGGGGCGGGGCUUCCAGUCAGGUGUGGACAGCACCUCCUCCCUCUGUACAGAGGAGGAGGAGGAGGAGGAGGAUGAAGAUGAAGAGGAGGAGACCAGAUUCUCCUCAAAACCUGAAGUCCAGCAGAGAGGAGGAGGAGGAGGAGGAGAGAACUAUGAAGGAGACGAUGAGACCUCUAUGGCAGAACCUGCCACCUCCUGCAGGAGGAAGAGUGGGAGGAGCAGCCAGGUACAACAGCUGAAGGAGGAGAACAUGUUGUUGAGGAGAACCAUCAGGGAGCUGCAAAGGAGAUCAGACGCUAAAGAACGCAGGGUUGUGGAACUCUCUGAGGAGCUGCUCCACAGGAGGCAUCAGGAGGAGAAGGAGGCUCAGGACCUGGAGAGCAUGGUUCACUCUGUGGAGCAGAACCUCCACCUGAUGACGAAGCGAGCGGUGAAAGCAGAGAACAGUGUUUCCAAACUGAAGGUGGAGCUGCAGCAGCUGCAGGUGGAGGUGGACUCUCUGCGGUCAGAGAACGACAGUCUGAAGGCGGCAGAGUCUCAGGUCAUCAUGACGAUGAGACAAAACGCACAUGUGGCGUCUGAGUACCUGAAGAAGACAGCAAGCCACGCCCACUCCUCCAUCCGUCAGCUGUUGGGGGAAGCAGAGACUCUAAGUUUGGUUUCUCAUCUGCUUCAGUCCAUUGAUAAGAUCUCCAACGUGGACUCACAGACCUGAAAUCUUCUGGACUGUUUCUGUUCUGGACCCUCAGACAAGGAGGGAUUGUUGUUCAUGUGUUCACCCUGUUUUAUAAUAAAUUACUUUGUUUAA